AUGGCUACAGCAAAGCCCUCUGCUGCUCUAUCCUUGCGUACCUUCCUUGAAGAAUGCAAAGCGGAGGGAGAUGUGGUGGAAAUUGACCUGGAAGUUGAUCUCCAUCUCGAGUCUGGUGCCAUCACUCGCCGCGCAUACAAAACAGGCAGCCCAAUGCCACUCAUCAACAAUCCCAAGGGUAAAGAUGGUCCAGACGGUCUCUUCCGUAUUCUCGGUGCUCCAGUGGGAGUUCGAAGCGACCGCACAGAGAGAUAUGCUCGUUUUGCAAAGUCCAUUGGGCUGCCUUCCAACGCCAGUGGACAUGAAAUCAUCCAGAAGCUUAUACGGUCCAAAAGGGCCGACCCUAUUCCAUCUGUUGAAGUUCACGAGGCACCAGUCAAGGAGCACAAGAUCUUUAGUGAUGAAAUUAACCUUCUUAAGCUGCUAAUUUCAUAA